GUUUAGAGAUAACAUUAGGAAUCAAGCAAGUGCCCAUAAUAAAAAUAUUAAUUUGUCUUCUAGUAGCUUUAUAAUACAGAUUCUUUUCAGUAGGAUUCACAAAGAAACUGAGUACACCACCAUCAACUGCUUCAAAGAAACAAGCAAAUAAGUAAAAAUGGGUUCCCUUCUGGCAGGUUGGGACUCUAAUAUUCUUGAUCCCCAAGUUGUGAAAUAUAAGAGAAACAAGUCAUUAACAAAGGAAGAGACAGAGGCAUUCUGGAGAUCCAAAAAACAUAAAGAGGAAGAUACUUCUGCGCUAUCCCCUCGAAGCCAAAUUCAGGAAAAUAGUAGCUUUGAAGAUGCUGCUAAGACAUCGUUCGAAACAUCAAACUCCGGGGAGAUUUUGGGUAUGGACAGUGAGGACACCGAGAAACUAAUCAAGAAACAUGGCUGGUGGGUAAGUAGCAAAUGGGCACAUUUGAAUGAACCGCCAGUGCUACCACCAGAUGAGGCUACUUACAAGCAUCUCUCACGCUUCAAACAACCCCAAACUGGAUAAUCAACUCAAUAAAUUAUAGUAUAAUUUAAGGUGGGUAAGUAGCAAAUGGGCACAUUUGAAUGAACCGCCAGUGCUACCACCAGAUGAGGCUACUUACAAGCAUCUCUCACGCUUCAAACAACCCCAAACUGGAUAAUCAACUCUGCAUCGAUCGUUUGGCGUUGGGAAAAUACUACUUUCUUUUAAUGUUUUGUAACCUAAAUAGUUAAAUUUUGAUACAAUAGUUUGAAAGGACAAGUAUGUAUAUAUCUUGGUUGUUUUAGGUGUUUCUUGAGCUUGUAAAACUAAGACAGAGAGUACUGCGCGAGGUUUUGAGGAGUGAUUAAUAAGGGGUUUUUUUUUUUGUC